AUGUGGCCGCUAAAAAUGAUUGUGCUAGUGGACAGUUUGGUCGUUCCUGGAGGACAACAGUUGCUUCUCCAAUUAACUGAAAGUUCCACUCUAGCGUUCAGAGGUACUACAAAAUUUGGGUUUGCUAAAUGGAAAGGAAAUUUGGUAGUUAUCACGGGAUGCAACAUUACCGUUUAUGGAGAAAAAGAUUCUCUCCUGGAUGGUCAAGGCCCUUUAUGGUGGGAUGGUCAAGGUUCAUGGGGCAACGUCACAAAACCAAAAUUCUUCAGAAUCAAGAAUACUAAUAAUUCAAUUUUCUAUGAUAUCAAUAUCAAAAAUUGUCCAAUGGGUUGUACGCAAAUUGAACUAAGUGAGAAUGUAACUUUAAGAAAUUGGAAAAUCGAUAUUUCAGAUGGAGACGAGGGGGUGGCGCCUGAAAAUAAAUUCGGCCACAAUACUGAUGGCUUUGGGAUUUCGAAAAGCCAAAAUAUACUUAUUGAAGAUGCAGUAGUUCACAACCAAGACGACUGUGUAGUUAUAAAUAGCGGUAAAAAUAUUACUGCAAGGAAUUUGUUUUGUUAUGGAGGCCAUGGAUUGUCUAUAAGCGAUGAAGGAUCAGUAGUUGAGGAUGUAGUCUUUGAAAACUGUACUGUUACCAAUUCAGAAAAUGGUAUACACGUCAAAACUUGUGUGGACGCAGGACAUGAGCAAAAAUUCAAAGAUCUUGACAAAAAGUCGACAGAGCUGAAAAGUAAAAUUGAUUUUAAUCAAAAGGCUUCAGGAAGGGGUUCAAAUGAUUUUGGAAAAUUAUCUCUUGCUGUUGAUCGGGACUCUGAUGCGGGAUUGAAGCUGUAG